ACGAGAGGAGAGCGCGGAGAGGGAGGGGGGGCUACGAUAGAUAUUAAGGAGAAUGGAUGAAUGUAUUUAUGGAUGGAUGGGUGUUCGUGGCGAGGGACGAGAUGGUGGGGGCCACAACCGUGGAGGGGGCUCACGAGGGGCGGGGACCCGGGAGAGGCGGGCGGGCCCGUAACACAUGAGAACCCCGUCGCACCCUCCCGCCACGUGCGCCGUUUUAUCCGUACCCCGGGGACGCCCAUUCCUCCCGUCCCGCCCUCUCCGUCUUCCCUCUUCUCCCCUUCCCCUCUCUGGCCCUGCCCCUGCCCUGCCCCUUUGCUUUUGCUUUUGUCUUCUCUCGCUGUGUGCCGCUCUUGGCCCCUGGUCUCCAUGCUCACUGACUUGGUGUCGCGACGUUCGCUUUAGCAUAAUUCGGAUUCGACGGAGGCGUAAGAAUUGGAUGUUGGAUGCUUGGUUUCGCUAUUGACGCGCUCUGCUCUCUGUGAUUUUGUUGGAGCGUUUGAGCACCAUGGGACGCGCUCCGUGCUGCGAGAAAGAUAGCGUCAAGCGAGGGCCCUGGACGCCAGAGGAGGAUGCUAAGCUGUUGGCCUGCAUUGCGCAGCACGGGACUGGAAGCUGGCGCACGCUGCCAAAGAAAGCUGGUUUGCAGCGGUGCGGGAAAAGCUGUAGGCUGCGCUGGACUAACUAUCUGCGACCAGACCUCAAGCAUGGGCGCUUCACCGACCAUGAAGAACAGCUUAUUGUCAAUCUGCAUGCAGCCCUGGGGAGCCGAUGGUCCCUUAUUGCUGCACAACUUCCAGGACGAACAGAUAACGAUGUGAAAAACUAUUGGAAUACACGUCUCAAGAAGAAACUGUGUGAAAUGGGAAUCGAUCCUAUCACACACAAACCGAUUUCUCAGCUUUUAGCUGAUCUUGCCAGCAGCAUGGCACUUCCUAAAGGAGGUGAAAUUGCCGAGGCUGCCCUUGGUUGCUUUAAGGACGACAUGUUGAAUGUCCUGAUGAGAAAACGACCGGACUGGCAAUUGGAUGGCUCUAAUGUAGCCUUGUCGAACACUACACAUGGGUUUUCGGUAGGCCGCCAAUCUUGGGACAUGAUUGGCAGUCCACGCUCUUGUGUCUCACAACCAAGGUCAGUCAUUUCAAGUGCUUACAAUCCAUCUGUCUAUGACCGUAGCAACCCAACGGUGACAAAUCAAAAUCUUCGAGUUGAUGCUGCAGUGCAAAAAAUAAAAUACAGUCUCUCAAGAGCUGUACAAACAAAAGAGAUGCAACGUGUCGGAGAUGCAGUUAUGCCAAGAGAAGACUCCAUGUCCAGAAACAUGGCAGUGAUAAAUGGCCGAUUCUACAGAGGAGAGUGCGGGAUUCCAGGUGCAACAUCAGGUGGUGCAAAUUGCAGCAUUCAGAAUGUGCAUUUUCCAUGUAUGGCUCAAACACCAUACAUUCCUACAGAUCUUAUGUGUGAUCAACAAGAAACAAGCUCGAGAAGCAACUGUACAGAGAAUCAGUGCGCUAACACCCAUGUUCCAACAAGCUGCGAAAUGGAACCAUGGAGCCCUAGCCCAAGUGGUAGCAGUUGCAGCAACUCAAGUCUUGUCAAAGGCGAUGUUGCUGGACUUGAGAAGGUUCUUAAUUCUGAUGUCUUUCUAUGGGAUUUUUCAGAGUUAGGCUCGAUAAUGAGUUAAAGUAUAUGUAAUGAGUUAGUUAUAUAGGUGAUAGAACUUUUAUUUACAUGCAACAAUAGAAGUAUAGAUUAGGAAACUUGUCCCUUGGCUUCUUAUUGGCCAUGGCCAUCCCUCACAUAAUUGUACAGAAGAAGCUCUCAGACUAUGCUUGCUCCAUCAAGCAUCAUUUUCAGUAGGUAUCAAAUUUUUGAAGAACUGAGGUAGUCAUGAUCCGUCACCGUUAGUGUCUGCUCUUGAAAUAACUAGUACAUCCAAAACUGUAAAGUUGCGAUAGUCGUUUUUUGAAAUUCCAUUAGAGAAAUCUUUAUAAAACAGCUUGACCUCAAGCAACGGUGGAUUUUCAUGUUCUCCUCAACUAGUUUUUAGACAUGCCCUUAGAAAGAAUUCUGAGUACGUGAACCUGUUCUUUUUUCAAAACAAAAAUAAAAAAAAGAAAGAAAAGACUCCUAGUCUUAUAUGUUCGUUUUUA